GUAUGAUUCCUUAUAUGGGUCUGCCCUACUUAUAAUCUAUAUAUAAGAGCUCUACUAGGCCAAAGUUGAAGACAGGCGAAGGCAUUAAGCAGAAUGAGGAAACCAAUGAGCUCCUCUGCCUCUCAUCAUCACUUUCUUCUUCAAAUCCUGCUCAUCUGUCUUCUGCAAGCUCCCUGUUUUGCUGAGAAAAUGCCAUAUAUCGUCUACUUGGGAUCCCACUCUCAUGAUCCAGACUUGUCUUCUACUGAUUUUAAUGUCAGAAACUCCCAUUAUGAGUUUCUGGGAUCUUUCCUUGGAAGUUCUGAUACAGCAAAAGAAUCGAUCUUUUACUCCUACACGAGGCAUAUAAACGGCUUUGCUGCGACUCUGGAACAAGAUGUGGCAGAGGAGAUGGCGAGGCAUCCCAGAGUGUUGUCGGUGUUCAUGAACAGGGGAAGGAAACUACACACCACAAGGUCAUGGGAUUUCCUUGGAUUAGAACAGAAUGGAGUGAUACCUUCCAGCUCAUUAUGGAACAAAGCCAGAUUUGGUGAAGACGUGAUUAUAGCCAACCUCGAUACAGGAGUGUGGCCAGAAUCAAAGAGCUUCAGUGAUGAAGGCUAUGGACCAAUUCCCUCCAAGUGGAGAGGUAUCUGCCAGAACCAAUCUGAUCCCACUUUUCGCUGCAACAGGAAGCUAAUAGGAGCAAGGUACUUCAACCACGGGUACGCAUCAGUGGCGGGAAAAUUAAACGCAUCGUUUGACACGCCACGUGACAAGGAGGGUCACGGCUCUCACACCUUAUCUACCGCCGCCGGCAACUACGUCGCCGACGUCAGUGUCUACGGCCAAGGCCUUGGUUCUGCAAAGGGUGGCUCGCCGAGAGCCCGCGUUGCAGCUUACAAGGUGUGCUGGCCUCCGAUCAAUGGUAGCGAGUGCUUCGAUGCAGAUAUAUUGGGAGCCUUCGACGCGGCAAUUGAGGACGGCGUCGACGUCAUAUCGGUGUCGUUGGGAGGAGCGUCCUCCGAACUGUUCAACGACGGCGUUGCCAUUGGGUCAUUUCAUGCGGCCAAGCGAGGCAUUUCCGUGGUGUGUUCCGCCGGAAACAGUGGACCAGACGAUGCUACCGUAGAGAACCUCGCACCGUGGUUCCUCACCGUCGCUGCCAGCACCAUGGAUAGACAGUUCCCAGCUUACGUCACUCUUGGCAACAACCUCACCUUCAAGGGAGAAAGCUUGUCAGCUGCAAGGUUGCGGCCCAACUUAUACCCAAUGAUCACUGGUCUCGAUGCUAAAAAGCCUACAGCAAAUGCUGAGGACGCGAGGUUGUGCCAGAAUGGAACACUAGAUCCGAAAAAGGCGAAGGGGAAGAUAGUGGUAUGUCUGAGAGGAGAAAAUGCAAGGGCGGACAAAGGAGAGCAAGCUUUACUUGCAGGUGCUGUUGGAAUGGUUCUUGCAAACGAUAAGAUUAGUGGCAAUGAAAUAAUGGCUGAUCCCCAUGUACUCCCUGCUUCUCAUGUCAAUUACACUGAUGGCAUUUCAAUUUUUAAAUACGUCAAAUCGACCAAGUCCCCAGUGGCUUACAUUACGCACCCAACAACAAAGUUGCAUACGAAGCCAGCCCCCUUCAUGGCAGCAUUUUCAUCAAAAGGACCAAAUCCUGUUAUACCAGAAAUCCUAAAGCCUGAUAUAACUGCACCUGGAGUUUCAGUUAUAGCAGCCUACACAGAAGCCGCAGGGCCAACAAACCAACCGUUUGACACAAGAAGAAUUCCAUAUAAUUCAGGCUCAGGCACUUCAAUGUCAUGUCCUCAUGUUUCAGGCAUUGUCGGCCUCUUGAGAGGCCUUUAUCCUUCAUGGACUCCUGCUGCUAUUAAAUCUGCAAUUAUGACUACUGCUUCAACAUAUGAUAACGAGGUGGAGCCACUGCUUAAUGCUUCUAACGGCCAGGCAACACCAUUCAGUUAUGGAGCAGGUCAUAUUGACCCCAACAGAGCAAUGGAUCCGGGCCUUGUUUACGAUGCAACAAUCAAUGAUUACUUAAACUUCCUAUGUGCAUUGGGUUACAAUGCCUCACAACUCUUAACCUUCACUCAAGGUCAUUAUUAUAAAUGCCACAAGCAAGGCUCAAGUAUCCUUAACCUCAACCAUCCUUCCAUUACAGUCCCUAAUCUUAAUCGGUCUGCUACAAUCACAAGGACCCUAAAAAAUGUUGGCACUCCAGCAACUUAUGUGGCUCACGUUCACAAUCCACGUGGGAUUUCCAUUUCUGUGAAGCCUAAUGUCUUGAAAUUCAAAAGGUUUGGUGAAGAAAAGAGCUUUAAAGUGAUCAUGAAGGUUGAGGAACACACAACAGCAAAGAACCAUGUGUUUGGGAAGCUGAUAUGGUCUGACGGGAAGCAUCUUGUGCGGAGUCCAAUUGUGGCAAAGGCCAUCUAACCCUAGAAAUAGAACAUGAUGACUAAAGAUUAGAUAUUUGAAUUAACUCUAUCAAUCUUGAGAAGUGAUAAAUACGAAGUACAUGAAAUUUACUUAAAUAAUGAACAUCGCAACCUGUGUAGAUCUCACAUGUUGUGCUCAUUUUCCCCCAAGUUUGACUUCAUCAAUUUUGUAAGAAAUUGAGAGGGUCUAAUUCUAUUGACCAGGUUUUGAUAACCUGCUUUGCUAAUUUCAAUGCUAUUUUUUAAUAA